AUGACAGAUUAUGAGGGUUUCAAACAACUGGAAGUCAUCCGUAUAUCCGAGUUAACCAGAGCUACCGACAAUAACACUACAUUAGUGAUUAGUCCUGAUAUAUUUAGUUUGGAUACGACACAUUUUAACUUGUAUAAUGAAUUUACACGUAAUAUAUUGUGUGAAUGGGAUUACAACGACAACAUCAUGAUGGACCUGUUGACUGCGAUCACCCUAUUCAAUCCUAAUCGACCUAAUAUAGCCCACAGAUAUAAUGUUAGAAACAGUCAGAUUAAGAAUUGAUAAGAGAUUUUAAUGAAAAUGAACAGAGAAAGAAAUUGAUCAAGCUAAAUAAAUUAAAAUUACUACAAAACAUUGAAUGUAGCAAAUCAUCCACAAGUGGUUCGCCCAACAGUUUAAU